UUUUUUAUUUAGAGUGUCAUAGAAAAGAUGUCUCGUCCUGAACAUAUCGCACCUCCAGAAAUUUUUUAUGGCGACGACGAAGCCAGAAAGUAUACCGACAACUCUCGUAUCACAGCUAUUCAAGCCGAGAUGGCUUAUCGGGCACUUGAAUUAUUAAACUUGACAGAAGGACCCAAGUAUUUGCUUGAUAUUGGUUGUGGAUCUGGACUUAGUGGCGAGAUUUUAGAAGAAGAGGGUCACACAUGGGUAGGAAUGGAUAUUUCACCUGCCAUGUUGGAUGUAGCCAAUGAAAGAGAAGUAGAAGGCGAUUUGUUCUUACAAGAUGCUGGUCAAGGUAUGGCAUUUAGACCUGGUACAUUCGAUGGCUGCAUUAGUGUUUCUGUGCUUCAAUGGCUUUGUAAUGCAGAUAAGACUAUCAAUAGACCAAAAGCCAGAAUUCAAAGAUUCUUUACAACAUUAUAUGCUGCGUUGGAUAAAGGAGCAAGAGCUGUAUUCCAAUUUUAUCCUGAAAAUGACGAUCAAAUUCAAUUGAUUAUCGAUGUUGCAACAAAGUGUGGUUUUGAAGGUGGUCUUUUAGUUGAUUACCCCAAUUCUAAAAAGGCAAAGAAAUAUUACCUCUGUUUAUUUGCUGGUGUACAAUCCGGUAAAAAGAAUCAAAUGCCUAAAGCUUUGGGUGAAGACGGUGAAAUGCAUCCUGACGAAGAGAAAUCCAUUCAAUAUGAAAAGCGUAAACAUAUGCAAAAGAAGAGAAAGUCUAACCGUACUGCCAUUAAAGGCAAAGAUUGGAUCAACAAUAAAAAGAAGGUUGCUAGGGACAGAGGUGACAAGAUCGUUGCCAAUGAUUCCAAGUUCACUGGUCGGAAGAGAAAAGUCAGAUUUUAAUAAUCCAAUCAUUUUUCACCCCUUUUUAAUACUUACAUAAAAAUUUCGUUUCCUCUUCAUCCCC